AUGACCGAGAUUUCAGAAAAGGCAGCCGCUGCAACAAGCAGCAACAAUCCCUCGCGGCCAUCGUCGUCAAGCCACAGCGGGAGUGGUUCAACAGACAAAGAUGCAGUUCGCCCACACAUGAAGUCUUCGAGCGACCCCAACAACGAAAAGUUGGACUUGACAAAGGCCGAUUCAGCAGUCAUUGUGCCUCCCAAGGCAGAGAAUAUCGAGGAUCACUAUCGACACUUGCCACCUGACGAAGCCGAGGUGUUGCGACGCCAAGUCGUCAGCCCCGAAGUCAAGCAGGGCGUGGCUGUACUAUACAGAUAUGCCUCCCGCAACGACAUAUUAAUUAUUCUGAUCUCAUCUAUAUGUUCCAUUGCUGGCGGCGCGGCGCUUCCUCUAAUGACCGUGGUGUUCGGCAACCUUCAAGCAGUGUUCCAAGACUUUUUCGUGAAUCGUACCUUGACAAGCAGUGCCUUCAAUGACAAAUUGGUGGAAUUCGUUUUGUACUUUGUCUAUUUAGGCAUUGGCGAAUUCAUUGUCGUAUACAUAUCGACUGUUGGGUUUAUCUAUACCGGAGAGCAUCUGUCAGCAAAGAUUCGGGAGCAUUACCUUGAAAGCUGUUUAAGACAAAACAUCGGUUUCUUCGAUCAAAUUGGCGCCGGCGAAGUGGUCACAAGAAUUACGUCCGACACGAAUCUCAUCCAAGAUGGCAUUUCGGAGAAGGUGUCUCUCACUCUUGCAGCUGUGGCUACGUUCGUCUCGGCCUUCAUCAUCGGUUUCAUCAAGUAUUGGAAACUGACUCUGAUCCUUUUUUCUACUGUCAUUGCUCUCCUGCUCAACAUGGGCGGUGGUUCAUCCUUCAUACUAAAAUACAAUCGACAAAGUCUCGAAGCUUAUGCUCAUGGAGGAAGUCUUGCAGACGAGGUCAUCAGUUCUAUUCGAAAUGCUGUCGCAUUCGGGACGCAGGAACGCCUAGCCAGGCAAUAUGAUACCCACCUCAAAAAUGCGGAAUACUUUGGGUUUCGUGUCAAAGGCGCUGUCGCUUGUAUGAUUGCAGGUAUGAUGAUGGUCCUGUACCUCAACUAUGGCCUAGCCUUUUGGCAAGGUAGCAAGAUGCUUGUAGAUGGUGAAACCUCACUUUCCAACAUCCUGACUAUCCUUAUGGCUGUGAUGAUAGGCGCGUUCAACCUAGGUAACGUCGCUCCUAAUAUUCAGGCUUUUACGAAUGCAGUCGCUGCUGCUGCCAAGAUCUUUAAUACAAUCGAUCGUGCUUCUCCCCUCGAUUCUUCUAGCAAUGAGGGCGAGAAACUCGAGAAUAUCCAGGGUUCCAUCCGGCUCUCGAAAAUCAAACACAUCUACCCGUCUCGCCCGGAAGUUACGGUUAUGGAUGACGUGAGUCUCGAAAUCCCGGCCGGCAAGGUGACGGCUCUCGUUGGGGCGUCAGGCUCAGGCAAAUCCACGAUUGUCGGCUUGGUUGAACGGUUCUACGAUCCCGUGCAAGGCACAGUUUACCUGGAUGGACACGAUAUCUCUAAACUUAAUCUUCGAUGGCUACGACAGCAAAUGGCUCUUGUCAGCCAAGAACCCACGCUCUUCGGUACUACUAUCUUCAACAACAUUCGUCACGGUUUGAUCGGCACCAAGUAUGAAGAUGCGAGCGAGGAAAAGCAGCGUGAGCUAGUUAUCGAAGCUGCCAAGAAGGCAAACGCGCAUGACUUUGUUUCUUCUCUCCCCGAAAAAUACGAAACCAACGUUGGAGAACGAGGGUUUCUCCUCUCAGGUGGCCAGAAGCAGCGUAUUGCUAUCGCUCGCGCCAUCGUUUCCGAUCCUAAGAUUCUCCUCCUUGACGAAGCAACGAGUGCUCUCGAUACCAAGUCAGAAGGUGUUGUGCAGGCCGCCCUUGAGAACGCCUCUGAAGGCCGUACAACUAUUACCAUUGCUCAUCGUCUCUCAACUAUCAGAGAUGCCCACAACAUCGUUGUGAUGUCCGAUGGUCGAAUCGUUGAACAAGGGACUCAUAACGAACUUCUGGAGAACAAGGGGCCAUAUUCGAAGCUUGUUUCGGCACAGAAAAUUGCCGCUGCUGAGACAAUGACCCCUGAAGAGCAAGCUGCUAUUGAUGAGGAGGAGGUAUCACUUAUGCGGAAGAUGAGCGAGAAACGGGCUGCAAAUAUCGCUGACCCUAACGACGACAUCGCAGCCAGGCUAGACCGCACGAGCACCACAAAAUCCGCAUCGAGUCUGGCUCUUCAAGGUCGCAAAGCCGAGGUCGAACAAAAGUAUAGCUUGUGGACACUUAUCAAACUCAUCGCGUCUUUCAACAAGAAGGAAUUGGGAUUCAUGCUUGUGGGACUGCUGUUCUCUGCUGUAUGCGGCGGAGGAAAUCCUACGCAAGCUGUUUUCUUUGCCAAGCAGAUCACAACUCUAUCAGCGCCCGUGACGGAUCAGACCAAGCACCAGAUCAAGAAAGAUUCUGAUUUCUGGAGCGCCAUGUAUCUCAUGCUCGCCUUUGUUCAGCUGUUCGCAUUUAUCAUUCAAGGUGUUUUGUUUGCGAAAUGUUCUGAGCGACUAGUCCACAGAGUAAGAGACCGAGCUUUCCGGGCCAUGCUUCGUCAAGACGUUGCCUUCUUUGACCGCGAUGAGAACACUGCUGGAGCACUCACCUCAUUUCUAUCUACUGAAACAACUCACGUCGCUGGACUGAGUGGCGUGACGCUGGGAACCUUGUUAAUGGUCGGCACAACACUCAUCGCUGCCAUGGCUCUAUCCCUAGCAAUUCAGUGGAAGCUUUCACUCGUGUGUAUUUCAUUGAUCCCCGUCCUCUUAGGAUGUGGCUUUUUCCGCUUCUGGAUCCUCGCUCAAUUUCAGCGCCGCUCCAAGGCUGCCUACGACAGCUCUGCCGGGUUCGCCUCCGAGGCAAUCUCCGCCAUCCGCACCGUCGCCAGUUUGACCCGCGAAGAGGAUGUCAUGAAACAGUACAGAGACGCUCUCGCUAUACAACAGCGAAAGAGUCUAAUCUCCGUCCUGAAGUCCUCCACCCUCUACGCCGCCUCCCAGAGCCUCCUGUUCGCAUGCUUCGCGAUAGGCUUCUACUAUGGAGGCACACUAAUUGGACGGUUUGAAAUGACUAUGUUUCAGUUCUUUUUAUGCUUUAUGGCAAUUAUCUUCGGAGCCCAGAGCGCGGGCACAAUCUUCUCCUUCGCUCCUGACAUGGGCAAAGCGCACCACGCUGCCGGAGAAUUAAAAAAAUUGUUUGACAGACAGCCCGUCGUUGAUACGUGGUCUGACACUGGAGAUCGUCUACCUCAUGUUGAAGGUACCCUAGAGUUCCGGGACGUCCACUUCCGAUAUCCUACGAGACCAGAACAGCCUGUCCUCCGUGGUUUGAAUUUGACUGUUCGACCGGGACAGUACAUCGCGCUUGUAGGCGCAUCAGGUUGCGGAAAGUCAACGACCAUCGCACUUUUAGAACGAUUCUACGACCCCCUUUCUGGAGGGGUAUUCAUCGAUGGACACGAAAUCAGCACGCUGAAUGUGAACGACUAUCGAUCACAUAUUGCACUUGUCAGUCAGGAGCCUACACUUUACCAAGGAAGCAUCAGGGAAAACAUCCUUCUGGGUACUGCACGUGAGGAUGUCUCGGAUAAAGACAUUGAGCAUGCGACUCGUGAAGCCAACAUCUAUGAUUUUAUUGUGUCGCUUCCUGACGGCUUUAAUACUAUCGUUGGUAGUAAGGGUGCGUUAUUGUCUGGUGGACAGAAGCAGCGAAUUGCCAUUGCACGAGCUUUGAUUCGAGAUCCCAAGAUCUUGCUCCUUGACGAAGCAACUUCAGCUCUAGACUCUGAGUCAGAGCAUGUGGUACAGGCAGCGUUGGACAAAGCGGCCAAGGGCCGAACUACUAUCGCUGUUGCGCAUCGUCUAAGUACUAUUCAGAGGGCUGAUGUCAUCUACGUUUUUGACCAAGGCCGUAUUGUUGAGCAAGGCACACAUUCGGAGCUGAUGAAGAAGAAUGGACGUUAUGCAGAGCUGGUCAACUUGCAGAGCCUCGAGAAGCAGAGUUAG